AUGAGUAUAUUAACAACUGCAUUAUUUUUGAUAGUAUUUAUCAGUAUGCUGAACUUCAGUACUGAAUUCCAUAUUGAAAAUCAACACAAACUUGAUCAUCCACAGCAAUAUAGGAUUCGAAGAUAUUUUGCUACUGGUGAUGUUUCUAAUGAUGAAGUGGAAUCUGGAACUGGUAGUAACAAUGUUGAAUCUGAACCAGAAAAUAUGGCCCGAAGAUAUUUUGCUACUGGUGAUGUUUCUAAUGAUGAAGUGGAAUCUGCAACUGGUAGUACCAAUGUUGGUUCUGAGUCUGAAAAUAUGGCCCGAAGAUAUUUUGCUACUGGUGAUGUUUCUAAUGAUGAAGUGGAAUCUGGAACUGGUAGUACCAAUGUUGAAUCUGAACCAGAAAAUAUGGCCCGAAGAUAUUUUGCUACUGGUGAUGUUUCUAAUGAUGAAGUGGAAUCUGCAACUGGUAGUACCAAUGUUGGUUCUGAGUCUACUUCUGUAUCCAAUUAG